GCACAAAGAAUAACACGACCUGACACACUGGAAUGUAUACAUACACACGGUAGUACGAAAUUGUCAGGUGCGCCGAUCUGACUGUGUGUGUGAGAGCUCGCUAUACCUGUUAUCGGAAAAUCUCGUUAACAUCAAAGUGGCCGACAUUUGUGCUUACCUCAACUCCCACACGUGGAGUUCGGAAACACCUGUGUUAGUUAGCGAGGUGACUAACACACAAGCCGGACGUAUACUUGUUUUGAGGAACAUGCAGUGCAGGAGGGGGUAAUUAUUGUACUCACCCAGACAUCGGGUGCACUUGAUUUGUGUACGCCGGUGUGUACUGCUGCUUUGCAGUCUCCCUUAUAGCGUGUGUGUGGUAUAUUAUGUAAAGAUAUGGUUGAACAUAACUUGCGAUAUAUAUAGAUACAUUUACAUCUGUCUUCAGGGAUGUAUUUAUAAAUAGACUGUGUAGUAUUUUUGUUGUUCGACGGAUAAACAACCAUCAUGGAUUUGCGAUCAGGUAUCACGGUUCUACUAGUGUGUGUGACGUAUUUACACGUGCGUUUCACUGCUGCCACAGUGUCCGGAGUGUACAGGGACAACGGAGUGGACAGGACAGAACGGACAACUGAAUUCUCGAACCGGGAUAAACGAGAAAUGCAGCAUGAAAUAUUGACUUUGUUGGGACUCCACCAUCGUCCAAAACCAGCUGGACACAGUACAACAGACUAUUCGGCCCCACGCUUUAUGCUGAAUCUAUACAAUUCCAUCACAUCAGACGGGGGUAUCGUAGACGAGGGAAACCAGCGUCAGUUCAGUCGAAACGUCACAAUCGAAAAUCAGGUUGAACCUAUCGACGGCAGUGACGUCAUCAUGAGUUUUGUUAACCACGCUAAAAAAGAAAAACAUUUACGUCGCCAGAAGGACCGAACAUUCUAUUUUGACUUCAGCGAAAUCACACCGAAGGAGACGGUUGUGAGGGCUGAACUACGUCUUUAUAAAGAAAAAGCCAGCAAGUGGAAGAAACAUAAAUUUCAAGUUCAAAUCUACAUGAUCCAGCAAGGGAACAACCCGGAGAACUACGAGAUUGUUACAGAAAACAAUCUCACUGUGAGGGCUAACUACCAAGGCUGGCUGACCUUUAACCUUACAAACGCAGCCUCGCAUUGGACAUAUUCCCCAUCCUCAAACAUGGGCCUGUUUAUGAAAGUCAUAUUCCUGAAAAAAAAUCGUGAUGUUAAACCGGAAAAAUUCGGAAUAGUGGGACGAAAGGGACCGGAAUAUAGGCAGCCUUUUAUGGUCGGCUACUUCCGGUCCACACAGGAACUGCAUGUCCGGAAGACUCGUGCAGCAGUUAGACGAAGAAUGAAGGAAGCUGCUUAUUCUUCCGACGAAGAAGAGGAAGAAUAUUCUUACACUAGGGCUCUUCGCAGAACUCCAAGGAGAGUGCCCCGACAAUGGCCUUGCCAGAGACGGACAUUGUAUAUGAAGUUCAGAGAUCUUGGUUGGCAGAACUGGAUUAUCGCCCCUGAUGGAUUCAAGGCUUUUUACUGUGAUGGGGAGUGCUCUUUUCCACUCGGGGCCCAUAUGAAUGCCACCAAUCACGCAAUUAUACAAACUCUCGUGCACCUAAUGACCCCGUAUAAGGCUCCAAGUCCAGGAUGUGCUCCAACAAAACUCGGAUCCCAAUCGGUGCUUUAUUUUGAUCAUAAUUAUAAUGUUGUUUUAAAACGUUUUCCUGAUAUGAUAGUUAAGGCAUGUGGUUGUCAUUAGCCAAUGAAAAGUGCGGUUACUGUUGAUUUAAUUUUCAUCAAAUGGAGUUGCAAGCCAAAGAAAAUGUUGUGUUUGUGUCACGUGGCUGACAUUGACCAAUGAAGACCUUUGUUACAUACCAUGGUCAAUUGACAACAGUGUGCUAUAUUUAAUGUGAUAUGGAAACUGCGCACGCGGAAUUGCAACGUCUGAGAUGGUCAGUUAUAUAAAUGACACAUUUAGAUUAUUCUGAUUCCAAAGACUGUACCGUCUAUGACUUUUGAUAAGGUCCUCGUUCAAACCAGUGUUAGUGAACUUGUACAGAUAUAUCACACUUGACAUUGUUAGGUGCGAUAUUGCCAGUAUUAGAACGCCGAAGUUGACAAAGUUGAAGAAUUAGGAAAGAAAGACCAGAGUGUGGCACUGUGUCCAGAUUUUUGUCUGGAAGGUCACACUGUACAAAUGGACCAAUCCAGUAUGAUUUCUAACAAAGUGGACCACCCUGUUUGUGCUAUACAACCGUCAUUCUUCUCUGUAUGAUUUCCGUUCAAUUUGUGUAAACUGUGUGAAAGGAGUCCGUGAUGUUUUACAUGAUUUCUGGGCAGUUUGGGUAUUUUUUUUUCAUAUAGAACAAAUUUUCAAUGAACAUUUUUUUUAUACGGAACAAAUUGUAUUCAUGUGAAAUUUGAUCAUAACUCCGAGCUUCAGGAGGGAGAUAUUUGAAACAUCACAGACUCCUUUUACUUAGAAGAUGAAGUAAAUGUUUAUUUGUAUAUAACAUAUGUAUCAGAAUGGAUAGAUCUGACGAGAAUAUUUAACGUAUGUGAUGACAAACUAUGCAAUUUUGCGUUAUAAAAAUGGUGAAAUUAACAUAUUUAAAAAUAGGCCAGACAUUUAACAUAUUUAUGUUGUUUUUCAUAUAUUUAUUCCUUUCGGUCUUGUUCCUAUGUUUCUCAAUAGCAUAAACAUUCAACAGUCUACACACUUUUCCUCUCGUAACUCAAACUGAAAAAUACAUAAUCUACAUGAUAGAAGAAAUUCAAGAGAUUUGAUAUGAGCUGUCAGUUAUGGGUUUUUCUCGAUAAAUAUGCGAUGUGUAAGAAUUUUAUUCCCUUUCCCAUUUGCGCUGUGGAGGAUGUACAAAAUGUAAUUCGAUCCCAAGAGACUACCUUGAAUUGGUACAAAACGGAGCUCACCACACACAUUGAUUAUCAUUACGACUUUGCGCGUGCAUUAACUAUACACGUGCGUUAUCAUGUCGUUUGUGAUGAUAUACAAAUCCAGGUGUUCUGGCUGUUUUAAUACAUACACGCGUCUUUGUUAGUGUAAUUUCAUCUUACACAGAAAACAAAUACAAUCAUUAUAAUGAACCCUUGUCAACAUUUCCUUACAUUUACCACGUGACAUGAUGCGAGUUGAUUUGUGGUCAAGCUGACUAUUCUCUGAACAAGCGUAUCUCUGUUUACAAGUUUACUAUUGUACUCCAAUUUGACCCACUGGAGUUCAGAUAACUAGAUAUAGGUAUAGAGUGUUUGGUUCGUGAGAUUAUCAGUCUUAAGCCAACGUGAGGCGUUUCUUGGUAUACAUUUGAAUAUUAGUUUCCCUCCAUCUUCUCGACCACAUUUUUUUUUUACUGAAUCAUCACAAUUUAUUUUCAUAUGAUUGAUUAUCUUUAUCUUGACGCAAUAACAGAAUUAUUUUCCCCGGUGUACAGUUGAAUUUAUACCCACCAAAAGUCAUCCCACUCUUCGUGUAGCUCAGACCGUUGGUAAUUAUUAACACAAGUCAGGCCAGUCCACUAUUAAUGAGGGGUAAAUUUAUUUAUUGCAUUUAACAGAAUUGGCACUAGAAAUAGAUCUGUUUAUGGGGAGAGGGUAGGGGUCAAUCUAUUAGACGAAAAGAUACCUAAUGCAAACCAUUGAUAAAGAAAAUUUUUGUAUUGAAUCGAAUUUCUGUUGAGCGAAGAAGUCGCAUUACGCAUAAAUGCUUUUAAGAGUUAUUUCUGUAGAAAACCGUUUAAAUAUAGAAAACAUUUGAAAUAUGACAGAUUAGAACUUAUGGUUUACAAAAUUUGAACUAUUUUUCACAUUUUUGAUGAGAAAUGAUGUAUAUAUUUAUUUUUUCCUAAUAUUAUGAAUUAACGAAUAUUUUUGCAUGUUUUCGUGUCUGUUCUGGAAUAAAGUGCUAAUAUUGAUUUG